CGUCCUGCGAGUGAUCUGCGCCUAUUCCCUGGCCUGCAGACUGCACGUCGUCGCGAGGUGGGCCCCCGGCGAGCUCAACCACGCGGACGCUCCCUCGCGCGACCUCAGCUACAUCGAGGGCUCCACUUGGGCUGGAGCCGCCACCCACUUCGACUACCUGUACCUCGUCGGCCACAGCGACGACGACGCGUCGCUUCUACUGGCCGCCCAGAAGUUCUUCUUGCAGCCGCUCCGCCGCUGGGUCGACCAGACGCUCUGCCCAGCCUCCCGCGGCCUGGUAGGGCGAGGGAAGUGCGCCCCCCACGGCAUGCGCCCGCCGCUGCCUUGGCGGCCGGCAGCAGCGCCAGCUGGCGCGCCGCUGCGCCGCGGCCAGAUCGAGCAGGCCAUCGCCAUGAUGCGGAGCGUCACGCGCUACCCCCGGCCGUCGGAGCGCGACCAGCUGACAACCAUGCAGGUCGUCCCCCCCGCCGGGGCGGACGCCGAGGGCGCGGGGCUCGCCGUGCUGCUGCUGUCCCCAGGCGAGCUGGGACGGCCCGGGAUGAUGGGCCUCUGA